UGAUAAUAUAAUUAUAGAAGGAUUACUAAGAGUUAUAAUUAUAGAUUCAUGUCUUUAGUAUAUAUUUAUUUUUAUAACUAAUACGUGUAUUCUGAGUAGAAUCAAUUAUUACGCGUAUUUGUAUUAUUCUUAGUUUACCCCAGUUUAACUUGUAUAAAGUUAUUUUUAUAAAUUUAUAUUCAGCAGAACAAUAAUAGAAGAAAGUAUAUUUUUAGAUACAGAAUUAUUAUACAAAUGCACUAUAUAUUCUUUUAUGACUAUUUAUCUUAUUGAAUUAAGUUAUGAAUCUUACAACCAUGACACAAGGAUUAAUAUUUUCUGAAAAAAAACAUUACAGAAUUGGCUGCUCGUUUUAACAUGCUUCUUGUAACCGAUAAUCAGCAUAAUGACUUGCAAAUUAAGUAUUUUGGUGGUGCAUUAUUAGAUCAAAUACUUAAAGAAUGCACUCAUUUUGAUUACACCUUUACGAUUAUGGAUACAGUAUAUUUAGCAAUUUCAAAGAUUAUUUAUGAUAUCCAGCGUGGUGUACUUUUAUUGGAAAUGGGGAUGAUCAAGCUUUUGGAACUAUCUCUCAAAGAAGAAAUAACCAUUUACGAAAAAAAAGUUUUGAAAGGCAUUGCUUGUAUACUGAAUUUUCUCCCAAAGAAAGAGAUUGAUGUUGCAAAGCUUGGAGAGUCCGAGUUAUGGAGUACUUAUUAUAGCCCUUUACUUACUUCAAUACUCUCCGAAACUCAAUGCAUCAUACUUUUGCGAUAGACGAACAAGGCAGCUGAAAACUACACUCCAAAAAGACCAGACGCAAUUAUCAGUGCAAUAAGUAACGAUCAAAACUUAUGCCUUGGUUACGGCGAAUGUAAGCUUGGAAAUGUUUCUAAAAAAGCAUUGAAUAUGGAUGUAGUAAAAUUAGCAAUACUUACGCAGCGCACCAUAAAUAUCAACAACAAGCAAAAUGUAUUUUCAUUCAGUAUAGAAGGAUUCAAAAUUAAUUUUUUUGUAACAAGUAUAGAGAAUGAACAUAUAUACGUAAUGAAGAAAGUGGGAGAGAUCUUAUUCCUUCGUUGUUUAGAUGAUUUACCUUCUUUUAUUAAUGUGAUGGAAUGUAAAUAAAAAAUAAAAGAGAAAAUAAAAGAAGAGAGAAAGAGAACAAAAGGAAGUAUAGUUUGAG